AUGCAGCAUGCCUUCCCGCAUUAUUUCUGUGGUGGCCUGCAGCAAUAUAACAGCAGGCAAAGAGGUUACUUUGCAGGGAUAUCUUCGAAUUUCAAGGUCAUGAAACCGUCAUUCAAGUCAGAGAAGCAGACAUCAGCAAACAAGCCUUCUUCAUCAAAACCUGAUUCUAUAGAUGAUGACCCUUCAGGCAACAGUGAAGUCCGGCAGCAGAAUGAUACAUCAGACACAUCGAAUUACCAUCCUAAUGCAGCAGCGGUCAUAGUACCUGAUGACAACUGUAUCGUUUUCGGCAGAGGAAAAGGAGCUAACAAUCGUCCUGCCAACAAGAGAAUGCGGGUAAUCAUCGACAGUUACAAAGAUCAGUAUGUCGCUGCGGAGCGCGGAGAAAAAUGCAGAGUGGUUCGAAAACUACAUGACGAGCUUGUUGAAAGAGGCAUGAGGUUCUUGAAGCAGGUAGAGGGCGGGACUACAUGGGUCGAAGUCGACACGAAUGCGGCCAUCCUUAAGGUGGGUCACGCUCUCCGAAGCGCUAAACAAGAUAAGCAACAACAAAAAUCAGUUCGUCCAAGGCAGCCUAGCGUUUCCAACAAUUCACAAUCGGUUCAAGAGGCCCAAGUUGCGCCCCAUUGUGAGCCGGUGCAAGUCUCGGCGACUGCUUUGAUAGAAGCGAAUGUACUUGCACAGACAAGUUUGACGAACACUCCGCCGCUGCCGGUGGGACCAAGCUUGAUGCUAGAUAGUGUGCUAGGAGGGCUAGGAGCAUCGAGAUUUGCGGCGGCUGGAACAUCCUACCCAUCGCUCUCGUUGGAAAACAGUCGCCUGAUGGAAAUGGAGAUGAACCGCUUACUGUCAGUGUCGCAGUUGUCGAUGGGAGUGGCCGCAGCACCAUAUGUGGACCUGAGUGGAUUAUCCACAAGCCAACUUCUUCUAUUGGUUGAACGACAACGCAGUCUUCGCCAAAUGAUGCUGAAUGACACAUCCAUAUGGCCAAGACACUUCCCAGGGGCCCCGCCGUAA